AUGAAUCAAAUAUCAUUUGUUCUUCAGUCAAACAUGAAAGAGUCACUCAAAAUGAUUAAAUUAUUUAAAGAAGAAGGUAAAACAAUAACAGCAUGGGAUGUACUACUAAAUCAAUUAUCCUCAUUAACCGUUAAGGGUGUUUGCUUUAAAUCUGAUUCCCCAGAUGUUUUCUCAACGUUUCAGGGUUAUAAAUACAACAUUCUUGAAAAGCCUGAUUACUCAAAAAUUGAGAUGUUUAUGAAUUUCAUUAAAGAAGCCAUUUGUGAUAAUAAUGAUGAAGUGUAUAAAUACCUUCUCGGCUGGAUUGCAUCAAUGAUUCAACAUCCUGGAAUCAAGAAUGAAACAGCAAUUAUUUUGAAAGGACUUCAGGGAACAGGUAAAAACAGAUUUACAGACAUUAUUUCUGAACUUCUCGCAGGUUAUUCAUGUAAAAACAUUACUGAAAUAAGUGAGCUAACGGGUAAUUUCAACUCAGUAGUUGAAAAUAAAAUGUUUCUUGUACUUAAUGAACUCAAGAAUGUAGGUGAAGACAGACUCGCAAACUUCAACGCUUUGAAAUCAAUUAUAACGGAUAAUGAGAUUAGAAUUAAUGAAAAGAAUCAACCCAGAAGAACUGCUCAGAACGUUGCAAACUUCAUUUUCGUAACUAAUAACGUUUACCCUGUCAAAAUUGAAGUUGGAGACAGAAGAUACGUAGUUUUAAGAGUUAAUGGUAAAUUCAAGGGUCAAUUUGAUUACUUCAAGAAUUUAAUGGAUUCAUGCACAAAGGAAUUUUAUGAUAACCUUUUAACAUAUUUUAUGCAAUAUGACCUUUCAUCAUUUAAAGUUAGUAUCCCUAAGUCGUGUACAGCGGCACUGCGCGCCUCCGUACACCACUUAGCGGUUUUGACACUUUACGAAACCAGUAACGUAUAUUUUACAACACAACCAUAA